UCCUCGUCUUCAUUUGUAACGUCAUUUGGGGCCGACGGCGAACAGCAGCAAAAUGGCGGGUGGUUUGAAAGAAAAACAACUUGCUCAAAAUGUUUAUGAUUUAUUGCAGGCUGCAUCUUGUCCCUUGGUAGAAGGCUUGUUCCUGCAGGAGUCUGACAGUAAGCUGCAGCUCCUGUGUACUCCCUCUCAGCACCGCACUGACAUACUGGCAUGGAUCUGCAGCAGUGUCAACCCAAACUUUUCCAAGGAGAUGUCCAUAAGAUCUAAAGUUCCUGACAUUUUAAAUAAAGAUAUGGCUGCACUUGGGCAGGAGUUGAUGUUGUGCAAAGCAGAUGAUUUGGAUCUGAUCAAGGGUGAACAAAGUCCUCUCCAACAGCUGCAGUUCUUCGAGCAGCUUUUAAGUCUAGUCCCAGGCUGCAGGAAGUCACCGUUCAAAACAGACGAAGAGAUUCUGCUGAAUGAACUCUUUGCUGCUGAGAAUCUUCCCCUGCUCACACAAACUCUGAAACCAUCACUUGACCCAUGGCCUGCUCACAUCAAGGCAUUGCACAAGGGCACCAAGUCAUCUCAUCAAAAACCAAGUAGUGAAGAGGUUGAUGUGGCCUCUCUUCUGCAGUCGACACAGUCAGCUUUGGAGCAGCUGCAGUCUGAGUGUGAAUUUCUGACUACAGAGGUUCAGAGUCCUGGCGUCUUCUCUCCAAGUGCUUUGUGUGUGGCGGCCAGUGACCUUCAACAGUUAAUGGCUACGUUCACCCAUGUAUAUGAAACAGAUUUAAAAGCCUACUGCAACCGAGAUCCUCCCAGUCUCAGCACAGAGACGGCCGUCUUCCAGAGAGUACAUCAGCUACUGCUGGCCUGCAACACGGAAUUAGAAAUGUUCAAUGAAAUCACAGAAGCAUCUGCGUCCAUGACUGACGAUGUGAGUAAGCUGCAAAUGCAGCCUCGCUACUGGAGUCGAGGGGAGAAGCGCACAUUGCCCGAGCAGUUGGAGGAACUCACAAGACGUUACAGAGACUUUCUCUCCCUACUUCAUUCGUAGCGAGGCUCAUAAGCACAGAUGGCACGUCUCGUCACAUUGUGGCACUCAGACACCGGCCAAAAACCUCAGACCACUGAUGAAAACUUGGGUGUCUAUUCCAGAUAUAAGAGGGUUUGCCCUGAGUUUGUAUGUUAAUAAUUACCAGCAGCCGCUGGUACUUUGCAGAUAUUUUAGCAGAGUGCCCAUACCGCUGUCUGUGUCACAUGACUGAGGUGUUGCACAGGUUUAAACUGGUCAGUAAGUGAGGAUCAGUUUGCAUUAGACUAAUUGUAUCAUAAUUUAACUUGUGGCUUCUCACUAAUUCUUUCUGUUCACAUUGAAUUUUUGAAUAAAUCUGUUUAUAUUGUAAUCCCAGCA